AUGCUACGCAGCAGCGACGAUGCUACACCCAGCAGCGGGAGGGAUGCUACGGGCAGCGCAGACAUGCUAAAAGCAGCACCCAACGAGGGUACGGGGCAAGCGCAACGUUUUUCUACAGCAGCCCCGAAAGCUGACAUUUGGCAGCAGCAGCUGACAAUUAUAUCUGAUACUGGAUUUUUAUUUGGACUCUACACAGAAGAGGAACUUAAUUCUCAAAAUAUAAAGGACAAAGAUGCUAAAGUAGCCUUUUUGCAAAAAUGCAUCGAUGCAACCAUUUUAGCAACUGGGGAAAAUUUAUCGGUGAGACCAGCAAAGAUUGUAGCCGGCCAAGAGGCAGACAAGACCAACGAGUGGCUUCAGGUUCUGGGCCGGGCAAUUACACAAAAUGUUGACUCUUCUGAGGCUGUUCAGCAAGUGCUCAGUGGUGUUAAGCCAGGAAAAGGCAAAAAGCCCGAUAAGGAAAAAACAGAAAAAAAGCCAGAUAAGGGGAAAAAAACGGUAGCAGCAAAUAAUAGAAGUGUUAAAGAUAAUGACUCAAUUUCACCCAAAGAUCCAAAAGUGACCAAAAACCCUAAAGUUUUUAAACCAAUCCAAGAUCCCAAAUCUAGUAAAGAUCCCAAGCCAGCUCAAGACCCUAAACCUUCCAGUAAUCCCAAAACAGUCAAAGACCCCAAAUCUAGCAGAGAAUCCAGACCAGUCCAAGGCCCCAAAUCUAGCAGAGAAUCGAGGCCAAUCCAGGACCCCAAAAAGAAUGAAGAACUCAGACCAGGAAAAGAGUCUAGAAAUACUCUUGUGGGUAAUUCCUCUUCUAAACCACUGCAAGACAAAGGCUCUCCAGUAAAGAGCUCAAAAAGCAGCAGUGGCGAUAAAGAGAAAUCAGGUAAAUCAAGCAAGGGUAAGAAAGAGGAUGGGAAAUCUGUCAAGAGCGCUAAAGAGCGGAGAAGUAAGGAUGGCAAAGACGACAAAGAAAAAAAACAACCAAAGAGUGAAUCACCUGAACAGCCAAAGUCUUCUAAAUCAAGGCCAGCAAGUCGAAUCAGUCAGGUGAAGGAAGCAGGGAAAGAGAAUUCCCCACCUCAUGAGAUAAUUAAUAAUGAUGAGAUGAUGAUGAUGACCAAUGGACAUGCAACUGUGGAGGAAAUGGGAUCAGUGUCCAGAUUGGGUUCAGCAAGACCACGAACUGCCCAACCAGAUGGUAAUGAAGGAGCUGCAGAUGUAGCCGAGGCAAUAGAUGAAGGCAUAGUCACACAGGAAGCUCUUGCAGAGGAGAGUGAGAGUCCACCUCUCCCAGAACCGUUCUUUGAUACACUGGAUAAUGAAGAUGAUAAAUCAGCAGCAGGAGCAGAAGCAGCAGCAACAGAGGUAGCUGAGUCAGUUGAUGAAGGCAUAGUCACACAGGACGCUCACACAGAUGAGCUCGAGGUUCCAUCUUUACCAGAACCAUUCUUUGAUACAGAGGGCAAUGAAGGUAUGGAGGAAAGCCUGAUGGCUCCUGUUGCCCCUGAGGUGCUGACCCAAGGGGAUGGUGAGUUGAAACAGGAAGUUAAGGAAAUGGAAAACACACCUGUAAUUUCUGACACACCUGUUGGAGGAAAUGACAUUGACCCAGCUAUACUUAAGGCUAUGGCUCCUAAUAAUGACCAAGAACAAGAUGGGCAGUUAGGUGCAUCACAUCCUGAACCUCCUGAUUCAGGAGUAGGAUCCCUAGACUCACCUAAGCAUUCCUCAAAAGAAGAGAGUUUGCCAAUGGCCCCAACUCCAAAACCUGGAGUGCAGCCAUUACGAGCACUGGAGCAAUUUGGUGAGGGGUCUCCACCUACAUCUCCACCCCUUCCACAAUUACCCACGUUUGAUAAUGAAGAGUAUCCUUCAGGAGAUACAAGUGUGCGACCUCGAACUGGUAGACGCUCAGCUCGGCCCCCUAGUGCACGUCCUGCACCUCCAAAAGUUCGAGAGAGACGAGAGAUACCCAAGGAAGAAUUACAACGCCCAGGUACUGGUAAACCUGUAGCGAAUGUCAUCCUCUCUUCUGGUGCAGGUGAUAAUGAUGAUGAUGAUGAUAAUUUUGUAGUUGAAGAAACAAAACCUGCUCUGACCCUGGAUGAAGAUGCAAAUUCCCUGGAUGCUGCAGCUGCUAUGGGUGCAGCAGCAGCAGCAGCAACAGUUGGAGAAGAUGGUGAGGGAGCAGGUCUUCUAGUGGCUCAGAUAUUAGAAACCAAAAAAGAAUUAGAGGAUGGACGUCGUAAUGCCUUUUCUCCUGAGACACCAGGUCAUAGGCGUGUCCCAAUAGAGCAAGCUCUUCUAAGUGACGCAAAUCGUAAGAAAGAGCGAGAAUUAAUCCACAAAGAUGUACAGAAACUCAGUGGUUCCAUUCAGUCCAUCACAAGAUCAGUGAAUCCAUUAGGUAAGUCCUUGAUGGCUCUAAAUGUUGUUAUAAGUAAACCCUUGUCUUAG